UGGUGAGAGCGCGGCCCGGUUGCGACCGGUCGGCCCCACCUGGUGCGCGGGCGCAAACGCCGCUCUGCGCCGCCGACGUCGCGACGCUCGCUCGCGCUGCGCCCGUGUGCGCUACACCCGACAACACUUCGCUGCACUCCCAAGGAUUUUAUACCGAAUAUCGUGAAACCCACGCACCGCUGAAGUCACGAUGUUUUGAACGUUGUUAUGUGCCGUGGGACGUUCCAAUACAGUGCAUGUUACAUUGCUGAAUUCAGUGUCUCUUAAUUUAUUUUCAAUAUUGGUGCUACUCGGAGGGAAAAUUGUUAGGGUUCGAAUCCGAAAGUGGUGAUUGAAACCGCGCGGGCGCGUUUUUCGCGGAAUGGCGACGGACGCGGCUGCGGAGGACUUCGUCACCAUAGUACCGGUUGGCGAAGGCCGACCUCCCGUCCGAGAUCCUUCUUUCGUCACUGUGCUAACGGUGGGCGCAGCGGCCGGAGCUGCGGAGGUCAUAGUGCGCAGGCCACGCGGGGAACGUCUGGGACUCGGACUCAAAUUUGAAGGUGGAUCUGCCGCCGCUGAAAAAGUACGAAGAUUACUAGUGCAAUCAUGUGCUGAGGACAGUCCUGCAGCUAACGCUAGCGCCCCUUGGGGAAAACUUAUACCAGGAGAUGAAAUAUUAGCAAUAGACGGUGAAUCGGUGUGUAACUUAACUAGGAUUGACUGUGUUCGGAGGCUUAAAGACUCAGAUGAAACAUUAACAUUACUUGUGAGACAUUUUGAACAAGACGGAAAAUCAGAAAGAAAUAACAUGGACGUAAUAGAAUCGCUUAUAAAUUCAAAACAUUCGUCUGAAAUAGUGCGACCCACAACACUGCCCCCACCUGUGCCACCUAGGAAACUAGGAAAGAAAAACUCUUUUAAAGACAAACAGACUUUACAAACAGUUGGCGAGCAAAACUUUUCUAAUAACGAAAACCAAUCCGAGUGUCAAGUGAAUGGAAAACAUAACGGCAUUUCCACAAUUACGAAGUUGUCGAGAAAAUCUUCUUUUGACAGUCAUAUACUUCGACAAAGUAAGGAAGGUAUUGCUUAUUUGAAAAAGGGAUCUCCAGAAGAAGUUAGACGUUUAGUUCGGCGUUUAUCAGAUGGAAAAGCAAUGCCUCCAGAAGCUGAGGUGUACAUUGAUCUGUUGUCAACUGAAUGGGAACGUUGUUUAGUGCUAGCCGAUGCUGAAUCAGACGACACCAGUAGCUCUAUAUCCACAGUUGUAGAUAGACUGGGAUCUAUGGCAAGCUCUGUAGAAAACAGCAUCCCUUCAACCCCAACUAUGCAACCGAAAACAAUUGACAUACAGAAAGUACUAAAUUGUAUUGAAAAUAUUGAUACAAAUAUUUUAAAAGACAUGACUAGCAAAAGGUUUUUAGAAAAACGGAUUGAAAUUAACAAUGAAUCAAAAUUAACAGAGAAAAAUAAUAUCACAAACGGAUAUAAUAAUCAAGAAAAUGGAACACUGAAACUGCAGCAGAACGACAAAAAUAACAAUAACACAAUUGUUCCAAAUGUAGUAAAUAAUGUGGAAGUGAAUCAGACAGCACAGAUGAAAAAAGUCGAGAGUAAAUCAGAAAAUGUUCCAGAAAAACCUAAGCCUAUGCCAAGAAAUACGAAGAUCGAACGUUCUGUUAGCGAGAAAAAGCCACGACCGAUUCCCGUACCGGAGGUCCCGCCACCGCCAGUCCCAGACUCUUUAUUAACUCCGACUAAAAAGAACUGUAUAGAAACCUGGCUACAACGUUCAGAAGCUGAGAUGAAUAAUAAAACUGUCGAAAAGGUGGAGGAACCUCCAUUGCCUGAGGUGCUGCCACGAUUGAUAGAUUUCGUGCCCAAACAUCAGUACAAAGAGAAUAGUAACGAGUCACCCCUGACGCGGCCGACGACCGCGCCUCCCCCGCCUCCGACCGAGACGCGAGAAGAUGGCUCCGGAGCAUCCCUCGACACUAUUGGCGAGCUGGAUGAAUCAGCAGACGUCACUGAUAAUGGGAAACCUGUUGAUGUUAUCAAGAAGAAAGAGCGAAAAUCAUCGUUUGAGAGGAGCUUUUGGGAAGAUCGUGUUAACAAGAGCGACGCUGAAGAUAAAAGUCUGUCUAAUGACGAAACACCCUUACCUUCCUGUCCUCGACAGCCACCUGAUGGAGUAGAGACUCCUAGUGAAGCUGUUGAGAAGACCCCGGAGCCAUCAUCCCGCCUGCCGUUACGGAUGCCAGCAGGCUGGCCUGGCGCACGACCCCGAUUUUCUUACACAUCCAGAACACAAGAUGCCCGCAGCGAGGCUAGUGUCAAAGACAAAAUUGCGAUGUUCUCAAAUGAUCGUUCAACAUCUACAGAUCACUUGGAUAAAUGUGGUACUUUACCGACUAGAAACUCUUCAACAACAAGAAAGAGCACAGUUUCAUAUGCAAGCAGCUAUACCGAUGUAUCAUCUUUGGACAGACGUUUGACGAAAUCCCAAGACAAUCUGGAUGAAUUGCCUCGUUCGUACAAGAGACACUCAGAGAGACCAGAAGUUUUGGGAGGUGUGGAACGUGCUUCAACUGCUUCAACGUAUAACUCUACGAAGAGCAGUAACACAUCACUGUACACAGAAACCAAACCAUUGUUCUACGGCAGUACUACUACGUUACCCACAAGUUCAGAUUCUACUUUUGCUAAGACAGUGUAUCAUGUGCGUAGUGUGAGUGAUGAUAACGGCAACAAAAACAUAUCAAAACACAAAUCUAACUUAGACUAUUUAAUUGAACAAAGGAAGAAAUCAAUGUCAAAAUUAAGAUGUUUAGUUAUACCUGAAGUACAAACUGGACCCAUAGUGGACCUUCCAGAAAUUAAAGUGCAAGAUGCACUAUCCAAAUCAUUCCUCUUGAAAAAUAAUCAGAGCAAUACAAACGCGAAAGCAAAUAAGACAAAUAAUUCAAAACCUAUUAAUUUGAAUGACACAAAAUGGAAAGCUGAUUUAUUGCCUAACAAUUUACCAAAAUAUUCUCCUGCUUUCAAGCGAAAGUCACUACAAGUUUAUACACCAUCGUCGCUUUCUAAGGAAUCUACCCCAGAACCUAAUUAUAAUGAGAGGAUAGAAGCAUUGAACAAAUCAUCUUACAAGCCCACAAAGUCUCUCAGGUCUAGUAUGGAUACGAAUGGCUUAACAAGUCGAGUGUCCACAACAACUACAACAAAUAAGAUUUUAUCAACUGAUAUAAACGCACCGAGAAAAGACCACAACAUAUUAAAUUACAUUAGAGACUACAAGAACGUAGAUAUAAAAAUUUGUACGGCUACAGAUGUAGUGGACAGUGAUAAUGACUCUGCGAUGAGUUCUACACAGUCUAGUUACCGGUCAUCUGCUUCAUCACCUAUGCACAACAUAGAAAAUAUGGAAUCCGAUAGUUCACGACUAUCACCAAGAAUCUCGCACUAUACAACUUAUUCAGUAUUUAAAUCUGAAGUACCUAACAAAACGAAUGUAAUAGAAAAGACUACAGAGGAAUAUACGAAGCGUAACGUUUGUCGGUCUGUGUCUUCCGAUACAAAUGUAUCCCUCAGUUCGUCAGCAGGUUCGGCAGCCACUUCUGGAUCGCAAGCGAGUUGCAGUUCACUUGAAAGUUCUGUCGCUGACUCCGAUAAGAGAAAAGUUUCGAAAUCGUAUAAUAUCGAUACGAUCAACAGACGAAACAUUUUGGCAUCAGCGAAAUGCAGGAGUGGUAGAGAUGCUAAACUUAAAUCACCUGUUGUUGAAUCUAAAUUCUCGCACGAGUCUUGCGACAGGUCUCCGAGUCCAGUACACAAAGCGUCUGAGCGCCUUUCUACACUCACGCCAGCGGUGAGUGUUGUGUCGAAUAAAGGUGAAACCAGACGACGCAAUAAAAUCAUUGCCGAAACUGACUCAGAUAGUGACAGCGACAACAAUGUUUGGCAGAGGAAGAAUGAUUACAAAAACACGAGAUUGAAACGAAACUCUAGCUCAGCCAACAAAAAUAAACAAAGUGAUAUUAAUUUAGAAACCUCUAAAAUUGAAGAUGGCCCGAAAGUUAUUUCUGAAAAAAUAAUAAAGGAAAUUAAAAAGGCUGGUCUUGAUAACUACACUAACAAUAAAACGACAAGUCUCACAGAGAAAAAUGAAUUUAUUAUCAAAAAGUCUGAGAAUGGCCUGAUCCAAAAACAAGAGAAAAAUAUCAAACCUGAAGUAAUCGAACAUCACAAAGCCACAAUUGAUAACAUUGAUGGUAAUUGUGUUAAUAAUUUAAAAAAUAAAGACAAAUCAAUAGAGUUAACUAAAAAAAUCGAAAUCGAUACACCGAGUGAUAAAACUGACAUCAGUUCUGCAGAGGAAGUUAAAGUACCAACUGAAACCAUUCGACUCAGGCGAGGAGCUGGUACUGGCGUAGGAGUUAUUUUGGCCGGUGGAAUCGACUGUGAAGCGAAAGAGGUUACGGUUCAUAGAGUUUUAGCAGAUAGUGUGGCGGCCAAAGCAGGACUGAAGAGAGGAGCUAAAGUGAGAAGUAUAAACGGCUGCGUUAUGGCAGGGUUGACCCACGCGCAGUCUGUCAGCAUCCUUAAGGAACAACGUUCAGAAGUUGUCAUCGAAAUAGAGAUCGAAAAUCGACAAAAUGCAAACGGUGUAGGAGGCGGCUCUGACAAAGCGGAGUCGAAGGUCCGAAAUGAGGUUGAAGACAAAGAUUUAGGAGAAGACAGUAAAACUACUGGUGCUGUAGUGACGGUGUUGCUGGAGAAGGCUGGUGGUGGAGCCGGCCUCGGCUUCGGCUUGGAUGGCGGCCGCGACUCACCCCGCGGCGAUCGUCCUUUGACCAUUAAGAAACUCUUCGCAGGAGGAGCAGCAGCACAAAGCGGUCGUGUUCUAGUCGGUGCGGAACUUCUGUCAGCUGGCGGACAGUCGAUGGAAGGAUUCACGCGCACACAAGCCUGGGCAGCUCUGAAGGCUUUGCCUGCUGGCCCGGUUACCCUUGUACUUAGGAACCCUAAAGGCAAUAUGGAUAAUUGAAUACAAAUAAUAUAUUACAACAAGUUAUAAUACAGUAAAGCCUACUCAUAUAACAGUGAUACCAAAUUGGUUAAAAAGAUCUCCUUGAAUAAUUGAGUUUGGUGACGUGUCUCUGAGCCCGGUUAGCCCGCUUAACAGAUUAUUUUAUCUGUGAGCUUUCUUGCGAGAGAGUGAAACGGUGCUAACUGACACCAUUCAAUUUAGGAAAUUGCGAUGAGAGCGUAGGGUUUCGAGACUGGUUAUUCUUUCUUCUUUUAUUUACAAUUUGCCUCAUUCAUUAGUCACUGUCUCUAUAAGAUUGUAAAUAGCUAAUUUAAAUGUUAUCUGUCUGUAAAGGAUUCUCGUAAAGAUAUAAGGUUAUUUAAGACUGUUUCAUUUUUUGUUAAAAUCGUUUAUUUAUUAAUUCGGUUUAAUUAACUAGUCUGGAUUGUAGGAAUGUUAAAGAUAACAUUAAAUUUUAGGCUUUGUACUUAAAGUGCGGGCUAUAAAACGAAGAUCAAAAUUAAUGUCAUUUGUGCCAUUUUUAGUUUCAUGAAUCAUUUAUGCGCACACGGUGAUGUACAUAAUUGACAUAAUAAUUAUAUUCUAAGCUUGUGAAGCGUCAUUUAUAAAGCUGAGCUUUCGAACUACGUAAAUGUAGUAUUAGGGCGUGCGGUUUCGAUGGAGAUCUACUUUUUACAUGGAGAGAUUCUUACAGUUUUCCAACAUGAGUUUGACAUCUUUUUUU